GCCCCAUUGCAUGCAAUGUAAAUAAGGUGACGAAUUCACUUGCCAAGUUAGAUUUCUCGUGUUUUGGGAUUACAGAUUUUGUUAAUACCUUAUAAAAAACUACCGAACAUGUAUUAGUAGAUAGGCAAUCUCCAUCCCACUCUCAUGACUCAUGAGGAUGAUUUGUAACUAAGCAUUGCGCUUCCUUCGUAUAUAUAGAAAACCCUGCCAGCUGUACUAAUCAUCAUGAUAGAAAAAUUAGUAGCAUCAAUCCCAGUCUGAUAAAGCUUCAAUCUUUUCCUUCCAGACGCAUCUAAAUCACCGCCCUUUCGCGCAACUGUUUGUUCAAAAAAUAACUUUUAAUUCCUUUUGGAGUGCGCUCUUGAUUAUUUAUGUGGCGAUCAGGAAAGAUCUUUUCUGUCCAGGUAGUCGAAUUGUAAGCGUUGCUUUCACAAAGCCAGUUUAUGAGAAGGGCUUGCCAAUGCGUACGCCGUUGUAUACCACUACCGGACAAAAACCACCACAGGAAAAAACGCCCAUUCGCAAGUUCAAAAAUUAUAGCAAUAGUUCCCAUUGGAGAACUCAAAACGGUUUCCUUUUCGGUGUAAACUACACUUAGUUUGAUCAAUUCCCAUCGUGCACAAACAACCAAAGUCUAAAUCAAGGACGAGCGUUUCAGUUCGUAAUGAAACGGAAAUACAACCCAUCACCGCGUUCCAAUUGAAAUUGGUCAUCCAUCUACAAUAAAAUCAAGAAGAAAAAAACACUUAUGCACUAUGGUGGUGUAUAACUAAUCCCUUCACUACCAUGAAAAAUCAGAAGCAAGAUUCCAUGAAAGUGCAAAAACAUAUAACAAAAUGUCGUCCUCAAUCAUCGACUCUCUCAAGAAUAGUUAAUUGAUUAAAAAACGGUAUAACUAUAAUGACAUUAUGGAAAUCUUCAAGCCGAAAGUCUGCCAAUGAGCACUAAUCACAUCCCUAAACAAAACAAAACCAAAGUCAAAAAAUUGUGGCGAAAAGGACAUCCAUCUUCAAUAAUAAGAAAAUGAAAUGCUUAUGAACGGCGGUAUAUGCACAAUUAAUCUCUUCAAUAACGCGUAAAGGCAAAGAUGUAAGAUCCCGUGAUAGCGUAAAAACAGUUCACAAAAUGUCAUCGCUUAUCAAAUCUCUCAAAGGUAAUUUAAUAGAUAAAGUAGGUAUAACUAUGAUGAGGACAUUAUAGAAAUCUUCAUGCCGAAAGUCUGCCAAUGAGCACUAAUCACAACCCUAAACAAAACAAAACCCAAGUCAAAAAAUUAUGGCCAAACGGUCUUCCAUCUACAAUAAAAAGAAAAAGAAGUACUUAUGCACGGUGGUGGAUGUAUAAUUAAUCUCUUCAGUAACACAUAAAGACAAAAGAUGCAAGCUCCCAUGAAAACGCAAAAAUAGUUCACAAAAUGUCCUCGUUUAUCAAGUCUCUCAAAGAUAGUCUAAUAGAUAAAAUAGGUAUAACUACGAAGACAUAAUGGAAAUCUUCAUGCCGAAAGUCUGCCAAUGAGCACUAAUCACAGCCCUAAACAAAUAAAACAAACCCAAGUCAAAAAAUUACGACAACACUUCCCCAAAAACUGCAACUAAAUCACUCGGCAGAAAUUUUGAAUUGAUAAAAAAAGUGCAAGAAGGUCCAACUUCAAAUACAUGCUUCAUCAACUCAAUGACCUGCAGUUAUUCGCACCUCUCUGCACUAGGAAGCUGUUGGACCUUUUAGGAACCUAAUUGGAAAAUAGAAGGACUACUCGUCAUCGCAAAAAUGAUUUAUAUUGGUUUUCCAAUAUCUGGAAAGCUAUAAAUACUUCAGCCACCACCAAAGACAGCAUAAUGAUAACAAAUUAAAUGAAGUGACUCCAAGAACUAUUCCAAAAUUCAACAAUAUAAGCUACAAAAACGUUUUGGUAGGAGACACAAACUUUACUGGCCACGGCCAGUACUCUUUGCCUAGGGUAGCUUCUCAAGUUUCAUCGAAAAUUUACUACAAUAUGGCUCCUACACGAGCAGUGCAGAUUAAUGAUUCAAUAAUAUAAACAACAAAGCAUCAAUUUUUGAACUAGAACUGAAAGGUUCCACUGAAUUCAUCCAACAGAUCAUGGUUUAUACAAAUUCCAGAAGUUCAAAAACAAAAUUUAAAAGGAACAUUAUCAAGAAAAUACUAUUUCUCCUCAGAAGCUCAUUCAUUACUCUAAUUAUCAGGCAUUCUCCUACUGCAAAUGGUUAUAAACUUCGCCCGGACAUCUGAUAAUCAUCAUACAUCAUCGUUGCAAUCUGAGCGAAUACCAUGUAUUAGCAAUCUGAAUGAAUACCAUGUAUUAGAAUGAUUGCUACAUGAUCAAAUAACUGCAAUGCAACCAGUAAAAUUAUUUAGCAGUCAACAUUGAGUUCCUCAGAUUUCUGACUUUUAUUUUAAUUUAUUUUAUUUUUUUUCCCAUGGAGUAUAAAAUCAUGAUAAGAACAUGAAUCAAUACAUAACAUCAAGCAAAAAAAGAAAACAAGGAAAUGCAUUGCCUCCUACAACUCUUCAGUGUUCCAAGAUGAUGUUCAAAUUCAUAAAAAGCUACACCAGAAAACUACUAAACUCAACAUUGGAUCCACGUAUACACAACGAACAUAUUUGUUUAAGGUUCACUACCUCAUACAAUGAUAAGUUGUAUGAUGUAUCAAAUGUAGACUUGUCACAGAUAAAACCAGCUAUCAAAACUUUCAAAUCAAACUUUUCAUAAGCUUUUUCUCAGUUGCAAAAGAACUUUGGGGAACUUCAAAUUUGGAUGCAAGAAAUGAAAUUAAAAUCCCUUCACCACCUUCUCAAAUCUCAAUCUUCAUCUAGUCCUCUCCUGCCCUACAAGAUGGAAACCAUAUGCACUCUUUUAUUUUGAGAGGGACUAGAGAAAACAAAGAGAGUAAGAGAGGACCGUGUUGAGUAGCUGUUAAUGAUAUUGAGAAUUACACUAGUUGUAAAGACAUAAGAAAAUGAUGAUGUUCAAAGACAUCAACUUUUUGUAUUUUAAAAAAAGAAUUAAUUUAAAUGAGCAUGAUAACCACUUUUAUAGGCACAUAAUAAAAACAUUUAGGUGAUCCUAAACCCUAAAAUUUUCUACUUUCAAAACAACCUGAAAUCCAGGGCAAAUACAAAUAUUAUCACGAAAAUACAGCGCAAAGAACGAACAAAACCAACAAAGGACACUAGACAUUCAAUGAACGAACCGUACACCAACUAUAACAAACAAAAUCCAAGAAAUGAUAGUGAAACAAGAGUUACUAAACAAUCAUCAAAAAAAAAAAAAAAAAAAAAUCCCAAUAUAUGUGACAUAUACUGAUACACUCUAGUUCAUAAUCUGAUUGAAUCUGAAGAAUUGAAUACAUAAAGAAACAUUCAGUAAAGCUGUGCAGCAGAAAUACAAAGAAUUAGAAGCAAGAUUACCUUCAAGAGUCCAGCCAAACGUCCGAGGAGAAACUGAAAGCAUAGAAGUAAGCAAGGCAGAGGCAGUAGCAGUAUGGUAUGGGAACAUGGAGUCCAUGCUAACACUGCUCAACUCAACCGGCGACCUACAAUCACAUACACAACAUCCUCAUCCGAUUCUGAAACUCAUACUGGUAAGAAUUAAUUAGAUUGUUAGAUUCGGGGAUUACGAUUAAUUUUACCUGAAAAUGCGAGCGUUGAGAGGCUUUUGAACAGGAAUGCGAAACGGUGAAGGAGCGGCCUUUGGUUUUGCACCGCUGAAGGCUUUCGCCGCCGCAGACCGUACCGAUGUGGUUGCUGAACGCAUUAUAGACCUUCCGCCGACGGCAGCCAUUGAUACAAAAUCUGAAAUUGGUUGAGUUUUUGGGAGGGUUUUGAGGCUGAGAAGUGAGAAUAGAGAAAUGUCGUUUUGGCCGUUUUUCCAGCUAUCAAAGGGUUUAAGCCAAAAAUUAGAUAUUAGGGAUGAAAAAAAAAAAAAAGUCUGUCUUUUUCUUUUCCUUUUAUUUCGUCGGCAUUUUUCUUACAUAAAUACACACGAAUAGGAAAUGAUCAAAUUCUCUUUCUUUCUUCACAAUUCACCAAUUAAUUGAUCAUCCUCUGCUCUGCCGCCUAAACACUCUAUAGAACAAUGGCAUCGGCAAGAGCAAAACUGAUCUUUCGAUUAGUAUUGUGCACUCUGUUUCUUCUUUUGCUCUUCUAUGUGGGUCGUCCUCUUUACUGGAAAAUCUCGGCUACCUUUCACGAUAUCAGAGCUAAUAAGCAAACUGUCUCUGGAGGAAUUUCACAGAUCGUCCAUGAAGCGAAGAGAUCGGUUGGGUGGCUUCAUCAUUAUGGGUCUGAAACAAGACACGGGGAUCAGAAAUUAGCCGCUGCCAGGAGGCUUCUUGAUGUUCAUCAGAUUCCUGAGAGGAUGUCAAUACUAUUCUAAAUCAUAAUUGAGUUCAAUGGUGUUUGUCAAUUAGUCAAGAUUUCGUGACAUCAUUAGAGAUCUCCAGUAUACAGCGUUAUUACAGUUUGGGUUUCCCUAGAGGACCUAGACUCGAGCCUUACCUGCAUUUAUGAAUAAAUAAAGAUUCUGCAGUGAGAAGAUUGUGAUUCUCGGGAAAGAUUUAAGUUAUAUAGGUAGGUGAUGAUCAUCUUGUAAUGUGUAGUAUAUGAUAUCAGUAAAUUCAUGGUUCAAGUCACAAGUGCCAGUUUAUAAAUUAAAGUACAUGAGACUUGAGUUGAAACAUAUGUAAUGAAACACUUUCUUGGAAUACUUAUGCAUUGUCAAUAAAAAUAUUGUGGAAAGUUUGAUAAGUUUUGUCUAUUCCUUCCUGAAAUCUGAACUAGACAGCAUCUUCAAGACUUCAACAAUCAGCUUGUAAAAUGCAGAGUUUGAAUUUUGG